GAGGGAUAGAGAAUGAUGAAAUGCUGUGUAUUCACGUGUGGGUGUGUGUAAGACAGAGAGAGAGAGAGGUGUGCAGGCUCACCUGCGUUAGACACCUGCCAGUGCAGUGGAGGGUAACUGAAUAUCUGGAGCUGGGGGUUUGUUGCUGAGCUGUCAGUUUUAGGGAUGUUUUUUUUUUUACUUAAUGAAGUAUUUAUUUUUGUAGUAAAUUUGUCUUGAAUGAAACUCAUUUGAAGAUAAACUCCUUGCUGUUGCCGCAGGCGUUUGCUGUCAGUGGGAUCGUUUCACAGACUACUGGACACACUCCACAGUCAUGGCAGACUUCCCUUCCAAAGUUACGACGGAGACCAGCGCCUCCCAGGCCCAGAGUCCUCAGCAGGGGGGCAACCGUUUCCAGGAGCUGACUUCUAACAUCACCGCCACCGUGGACAUGUCCUUUAUCCAGAGCCUCCCAGCCGUCCUCAUGAUGAUUGAAAUAGGUCUGGGGCUCAUUCACUGGGCGCUAAUAGCCAGCGCUUACUACACGCUGGUGCCGGCGUACGGCUGGGUGAUGUUUGUGGCAGUCACACUGUGGAUCCUCACCACCAUCCUGUUUCUCAUGAUCCUCUGUGACACCCUGCGGCACCUCCCCGCUGUCCCCUGGCCGCUGACGGUGAUGGUCUACCAGGCCGUAGCCGCCGUUCUCUAUCUCACUGCCUUCCUGACCAAUGCAGCGACUGUCAAUCAUUUCUGGGUUUUCCAUUUUUCCUACAACCAUAUGGCGGCUGCUGCUUUCUUUGGGGCUGCAGUGACCAUAGCAUAUGGUGCCAGUGCUUACUUCUCUUACAUGGACUGGAGGGGAGACGGAGGAAAUGCUGCCACCACCACCGUGCCCACCUAGAACGCAAAUCUGUGAAGGAAAAUGCCUGUCUCCUGUCUCCAAAGAUGCAGUUGUUAUCUGGUUAGUGUGGGAGCUCUACACUGAAUAUUACUGCUCACUCCUGAUCCUAACUCCAGUAUUAAAAUUAAACAUGGGUUCCUAUUCAAAGUCAGUGCUUUUUUAACAAAAUAAUCACCAAUAUACACCACAAUUUCAACAAAAUAUUGUCAGUGGAAUAUUUCCUCCAGAAAAGAGAAAAUCAAUAAAGUCAUAUCAUGUCUUCGUUCCCAUAUUCAGUUGCACAAAUAAGCAAAAACUGUAGACAUCAAGCUAUAAAAUGGAAAAGAAAAUGUAUUUAGAGAUGCAGAUGUUAUUCUACUCACCAUCUUAAAGCUGAUGAUGCCAGGAAUGUGUAAUGUUUUGCCCCAUGAGAUCAACUUAGAUGGUUAUUUGGAUGGUGAAAUAAGAUCUCCCUCACAUAAAAGUCCCUCUUAUGUUUAUAUCACUGCACUGGCAACACAUGGCACAGUUGAUGAGAGGGUCAGAUUAAUGUUUCUAUUAGACCUGAUACUGGAUUUACAAAAUCUAUUGAGAAAAAACAGUGAUUAAUUGAAACAUUAAACUUGGAGUAAUUCUGUUUGCUGAGCUUGGUGCUGCUCAUAUAUUAUAUAUUAUAACGUGAAACGUCUUGCUUGUUCAACACAAAUGUCUGAUUUACUCCUCAAGUCACUAACUCUACAUGGAGCCAAAUAAAAGAUAAACAAUGCAAAAUUAAAUAAUUGUUCACUAGUGACUCAAUGAGAUGUAAUAAUAAAGUGCAGCUUAGUUUUGUGAGUUGCAAGAAACAUGUACUGUAUGUGCCUUUAUGCACCAUGUUGUGUUUUUGUACCAGGAAUUGGAUAUAAAUUAAAUGUGUACAAUGUUGAAACCCAACCAACCAAUGAACUUGUUAAAAUAAAACCUUUGUGGACUUUAA